UCAAAAAAUUGGGGGGAGUGUGGGAGGUUGCAGUUGUUAGGGAGAGGAGAAAAAUAUAUAAAAGAGAAGCAGGCAAAUGAGGGAGAAACAAGAAUACAGAACAGCAGCGUGAGGAGCUUCCUCAAGCAUUUAAACCACUGAAACCUCUGCAACCAACAAGCUGCGUGAUGGCUGUCAGCAGAAAGGUUCCCCUGAUGGUCAUUUGCCUACUUCUCAUCAGUAGUUCCACUUCCCAGCCUACAAGAUAUCAAAUGCCCGGGGCCAAUCGGACAGGAGCCCUCAGACCCCGUGCCAUCCCGUCCAAGGCCCUCGAACUCCCGCCCGAUGCCUAUUAUGACACAGAGGACGACAUUACCACCAUUCCACCUAAGACUGUAUCUGCAAACAGAGGAACCUUGAAGAGAUGUGACUACAACCCCUGUGAGAUAGACCAGCCCCCCUGUGCUGAACUCGCAGCCACAAAUCACUGCUUGUGUCCGGGGUUCACUUCUCACCUAGAGGCACCGCAGGUUCCUUUCCUGAAAACAGUGUCUUGGAACGGCUCCGACGUGGUCCUCCACUGGUGUGCUCCUUACUCCUUGGUCAAAGCCUACAGGGUGACGGUUGGCGGGACAGAGAGGCAGCGGUUCGGGAUGCACCGACGCAGCGGAGGCGUGGGCCUCAUAGAGAACGUCUCUGAGGUUUGCGUGGUGGCGCUGAAUGACGCCGGAGACAGCGAGGCCUCGUGUAUGAUGUACCAGCCCAGGGACCACAGUCUGCCUCUUAAAGCAGGGCUGAUAGGAGGCGCUCUGGGCCUCCUGCUGUUCUUCUUGCUGGCCGUCCUGCUCUGGAGGCAUCGGCAGCAGAGGAGGCUGCAGACCGGCAUCUCCCUGACAGACACUAUUGACACCUAAAUGACAACACACACUUUUGCAUAUAUAUACAUAUACGUAUAUGCAUAUAUAUACAUAUACGCGUAUGCAUACAUAUACAUAUACGCGUAUGCAUACAUAUACAUAUACGCAUAUGCAUACAUAUACGCAUAUGCAUACAUAUACGCAUACAUAUACAUACAUAUACGCAUAUACAUACGCAUAUAUAUACAUGUAUAUAUGUGUAUAUAUAUAUACGUAUAUAUAUAUAUAUAUAUAUGUAUAUAUAUAUGCAUAUGUGUAUAUAUAUAUGUAUAUAUAUAUACAUGUAUAUGUAUGUAUAUAUACAUAUAUACAUAAACACAUAUAUAUACAUACAUAUACACAUAUAUAUACAUACAUAUAUGUAUGUAUAUAUACAUAUAUACAUAAACACAUAUAUAUACAUACAUAUACACACAUAUACACAUAUAUAUACAUACAUAUACACACAUAUAUACAUAU